AUGAAUGAAAAGGACAAAAAGAAAAAGAACGACGAGAAGUCUGGUCAUUCUGAUUCAAAUGCGUUCACGCUACAAGAUGUCAAGACUAUGAUAGCUGAAGGGAUCAGAGAAUUCCAGUUGUCUCUAAAUCCCCCAGUUUCUGGGUAUCUGAAACCAUAUCCUGCCCAUUAUGAUGCAUUACCAUUUCCCAAAGGGUAUCAGAGGCCAACUUUCGACAAGUUCGACGGAGUAAAUAGUUCUCCUCAUGAACAUUUGGCUCAUUUCUACUCAGCUUGUGGGGAAACAUCACAGGUUGAUGCAUUAUUAAUCAGGCAAUUUGUCCAAUCUCUUAAAGGAGCAGCUUUUACCUGGUACACUCAACUACAACCCGGUUCUAUAGUCACAUGGGAUGACAUGCAAAAAGCCUUCCUAGCACAGUUUGUCACCUCAAGGAAGAAAGUCUCAAUAAUUGAUUUAGCUGAAACUAAACAAAAGUCUGAUGAAGGCGUCAAUGCAUUCAUUUCUAGAUGGAGGAGCGUAAAUCUCCAAUGCCCGGAGAAACUGACAGAACAAUCUGCAGUACAAAUGUGUUCAAACAAUCUCCUCCCAGAAAUAGCAACUUUUGUUAGCACCGCAGAGCCUCAAACAUUUGAUGCGCUUGUCUCAAAGGCUAGUAACGUCGAAAGACAAAUUGCUCGUAAGAAAACCUCGACACAAGGGAUGAUCUUCAAAAGUAAGAAAACUGACAGUACAAGAGACUCACUAGCUACCUUUGUCAAAACUGACGAAAAGUCAAAUGUGUGCAAAGGAAAAGAAAGGUCAAGAAAACUCACUCUCAAGGAAAGAAAAGAAGUCAAAUACUCUUUUGAUGAUGAUGACGUUGAACAAAUUUUCAGUGAGCUCUACAAAGCAAAAGAAAUUGAGCUUCCUGAACCAAAACGACCGACUGAUGUCAACAAGACCAAGAAUCGCGAGUUUUGUCGAUACCAUCGUAUUGUCAGUCAUCCAACAAGCGAUUGUUUCAUUUUGAAGAACAUAAUUCAGGAAAUGAUCAACAACAAGGAAAUAGAGGUGGAGACAUCAUCACCAAAGUGA